AUGAAAAUUCUAAUAUGCGCAUUGGCUGUUGUUUUUGUCAUUACUAAAGCUGAAUGCACCAACACUAACAGAGGGCGUGUGGUUUGCUACUUCAAUAACGGGGCGGUAAACCGACCAGGAAUAGGGCGAUAUGGCAUCGAAAAUAUACCUCUAGACAGUUGCACGCACGUAAUAUAUGCCUUCAUCGGUGUAACAGAUACCAGCGAAGUUCUGGUCCUUGAUCAUAAGGGGGAUGUAGAAAACAACGGAUUCCGCAACUUUACAUCCUUGAAAGCAACUCAUCCAAAUGUUAAAUACAUGGUAGUGGUGGGCGGUUGGGAUGAAGGUGGCGGCAAAUACUCCAAAAUGGUGUCUUCAAGCACUUCAAGGACAAUCUUCACGAGCAGCGUAGUUGAUUUUUUGAACGAGUAUGAUUUCGAUGGUCUUGAUUUGGACUGGGAGUACCCUGGAGCAGCAGACCGUGACGGCAACCCAGAAGACAAACAAGGGUUCCUAGAUCUAAUUAAUGAAUUGAGAGUAGCAUUUGACGAUGUCGGCAAAGAUUGGUUGUUAACUGCGGCAGUACCAAUGACCAAAUCCAAGCUUGCUGAUGGCUACGAUGUUCCUGGACUUUGCCAAGCACUUGACGCCGUUCAUGUGAUGACCUACGAUCUCCGCGGAAACUGGGAUGGUUUUGCUGAUAACCCCUCUCCCUUGUAUAGACGACCUCGUGACCAGGGGGUCUACGAAAAUAUCAAUGUGGAAGACGGACUUCAACUAUGGGUGGACGAGGGCUGCCCUGCCAACAAGCUGGUUGUGGGAAUUCCUUUCUAUGGACGUUCCUACGUACUCUCUUCUUCUUCUGAACAUGAUAUAGGGGCACCCAUCGAUACGGCCGCUGGCGGGGCUGAUCCAGCACCUUACACCGACUCUAGAGGCGUAUGGGCUUAUUUCGAGAUUUGCUCAAAGUUGAAAGAUGAAGAAGGUUGGAUUAGGAAGUGGGACAAAGAUGGAAAGGUCCCCUAUGCUUACAGGGAGAACCAAUGGGUAGGAUACGACGACCCACAAAGUGUGAAGAGGAAGAUGGAAUUCAUCAAAGAGAACGGCUACCUUGGAGCUAUGACAUGGUCUAUUGAUAUGGAUGAUUUUAGAGGACUUUGUGGAAAAGCAAAUCCAUUGAUUAGUAUCAUGCAUUCGAAAAUGAAGUCUUAUACGGUGCCUGAGCCUAAUGAAGAUAAUUAUUUAGAAAAAUAA